UUGGUGGCUCGGGGUUCGGUCCACAUGAGGCUCCGGUGCAGCGGUAAUGUUUCCCCCUCCUCCGCGCCCUCCUACGGCGGCCGCUCCCGGUCUGAGGGAGGCUGAGCGGGGCUGAGGCUGCCCGGGGUCCCGGUCGCGCCCUCCCAGACCCGCGGCGGUGGGAGCCGCCCGGGCUCCCGGGAGCGCGUCCUGGCAGCCGGGGGUGUCUGAAAAUAAGUGAACUGGUAUUUCUGGUGCUCAUAAUUCUGAACAAGAUGAAGAUCUCCUCAUUGCUGCUGAGAUUCCCCCAUUGUUAUUUCCCUAGGAGAACUUCCUUAAGGAACUUUCACUUCACUUCCAGAGCAGAUUUCCUGCACAUUGAAUCUCUUAUGCCAGCACACUGCUGUCCUACGAAGUGGAUAUGUUCAUCACACAGUGUGAGGAGAGAGCUGUGUCAGCAAGUGGCCCCUGACCAGCAAAUUGAGGGGUUUUCUGACAGAGAACAAAGACUUGUAGACAGACUUUACAAUGGACUAAUCCAGGGUCAUAGAGCCUGUUUAGCAGAAGCCAUAACACUUGUAGAAUCAACUCAGAGUAGGAAGAAGAAAAUAGCCCAGGUGCUCCUUCAGAAGGUAUUAUCCUACCACAGGGAACAAGAAAAAUUAAAUCAAGGAAAACCACUUGCCUUUAGAGUGGGAUUGUCUGGUCCUCCUGGUGCUGGGAAAUCCACCUUCAUAGAAUGCUUUGGGAAAAUGCUUACAGAAAGAAAACACAAAGUGUCUGUGUUGGCUGUAGACCCUUCCUCUAGCACAAGUGGUGGUUCUUUAUUGGGUGAUAAAACACGGAUGACUGAGUUGUCAAGAGAUAUGAAUGCAUACAUCAGACCAUCCCCAACCAGAGGGACACUGGGAGGUGUGACAAGGACCACAAAUGAAGCCAUUCUGCUGUGUGAAGGAGGAGGCUAUGAUGUUGUUCUUGUGGAAACAGUAGGUGUGGGACAGUCAGAAUUUGCUGUGGCUGAUAUGGUUGAUAUGUUUAUAUUACUUCUACCACCUGCAGGUGGAGAUGAAUUACAGGGUAUCAAACGGGGUAUAAUUGAGGUGGCAGAUUUAGUUGCUGUAAAUAAAGCUGAUGGUGAUUUAGUUGUUCCUGCACGAAGGAUACAAGCAGAAUAUGUGAGUGCCAUGAAGCUGCUUCGCAAACGAUCCAAGGUUUGGAAACCAAAGGUAUUGCGUAUCUCUGCCAAAACUGGAGAAGGUGUCUCAGAAAUGUGGGAUAAAAUGACAGAAUUUCGUGACCUUAUGCUCACCAGUGGUGAGUUGAUUGCCAAACGCCGGAGGCAGCAGAAGGUGUGGAUGUGGAAUCUCAUUCAAGAAAAUAUGUUGGAACACUUCCAGAAUCACCCAGCAGUCAAGGAUAAGAUUCCACUUCUGGAAGAAAAGGUUCUUAGUGGUGUCUUGUCUCCUGGGCUGGCAGCUGACCUGCUACUGAAAGCAUUCAAAGAUGGUCUCUAAGCAUUAGAGUCUAUUCUCUUCUUGCUAAGUGUUGUAUGUGAACAUGAACAUUAAAUAUGGUUUUUCUAUGUGUGGAUUCAGUUGUUUUACUACAACAGACA